CAUAGAGUAACACAGUAAACGAAAAGAGGGGACACUCGAGCCGAUUCGCGGCCCACGAGCUAGGGACUACGACGACCGUUCAGUGGCACUGCAGUCACACACCUAAUUUAGACAUUUAUCAUAUUUUCACCCUUGAUAAAUAACUCCACUCUAUAACCUAACAUUUCAAAAUUAAUAGCAGUUCCAAAUACUUUUAAAAACAAUUUGGACAGCUGCGGCUUUGGCUGCGGCUCAUAGGAUGGCUUUGGGGCCGUCGGCUCGGCGGACGGUAGCUUUCCGGUCACGUCGCUCGAAAGGUGGGUUGGGCUGCACUUGAGUGGCUCGUGCGGGCUUCUCGACAUUCUUCCGUUGUUAGAAAGGUGAGUCGUUUUACUGACACCGUAUUUUGCUUGCUUUUGGCUAUAGUUGGAUGCACGGGCUAAAGCGCGAGCUAAUUGCUCUGGAUGAAGCCUCGGCAGUUGCACGUGCACGAGUGCGCUCGUGCAGCGAGAGCGCCAGUUAAGGCACUCAAGGCAUACUCAAUUUCAUACCUCAUGUGCAUCGCUGUCAAUGCUGGUAACGCGAGCGCGUGGCUUUUGCGCCAGCAGCUAUGACAGCGUUGUACCUGGCGCCAUGUAUGAAGCAGGGUAGGUACCGCAGGGGGUACAGGUAGCCUUCAUGCGCGCUUUGCUUAGGGCGAGGCCAUCCUAAGCAAAGCGCGCUCACGAGGAAAAUACAAAGAAAUGGAAGGUGACAAUACCGUGAAGGCUUUUCUUUAUCACCACUCUUUGUUGUCGCUUUAACAAUUUUGGUUCCCGAAUUGCUAUGAAAUGAAGGCACCAAAUUCGCGUAAUCUCAAAUUGACUUGUGCUAUUUUCGUUUCCCAGCUGAUGCCGCCAGGAUGUUUGGCUACGGCAGCUACUGUUGCGUAGCCUGGUGCGGAAACAAUGGGAGAACGCGCAAGAAGCCAGGAACAAAGUUCUUCCGAGUUCCACGAGACGACAGGUCAAAGGCAUGGCUGAGGUAUGCCAAAAGAGACGACCUUCUGCGAAAAUCGUCCAGUGAGCUGCAUGCGAAGUAUUUCGUCUGCAGCAGUCACUUCACAGCGCGUGACUUCAUGGACCCUGGGCGAACAAAGCUAAUGAAAACCGCUGUGCCUUCAGUUCGCCCAUCGACAUAUUCAGAUGCUGAGAGAGCUAAAGACUUUAUGGAAGCGAAAACCCCACCGUGCGGCGCAGACCCCAUGGAGGCUACAGCCUCCAGCUUCCGGCCCGAAGAACCCUCAACCGCUGCCCAUGACUCCAUGGAAGCGACACCCCCACCGUGCGGCGUAGACCCCAUAGAGGCUUCAGCCCCAUCAUGCGGUGCAGCCUCCAGCUUCCGGCCCAAAGAACCCUCAACCGCUGCCCAUGACUCCAUGGAAGUGACACCCCCACCGUGCGGCGUAGACCCCAUAGAGGCUUCAGCCCCAUCAUGCGGUGCAGCCUCCAGCUCCCGGCCCAAAGAACCCUCAACCGCUGCCCAUGACUCCAUGGAAGCGACACCCCCACCGUGCGGCGUAGACCCCAUAGAGGCUUCAGCCCCAUCAUGCGGUGCAGCCUCCAGCUUCCGGCCCGAAGAACCCUCAACCGCUGCCCAUGACUCCAUGGGACCGACAACCCCACCGUGCGGCGCAGACCCCAUGGAAGCUACAGCCUCCAGUUUCCGGCCCGAAGAACCUUCAACCGCUGCCCAUGACUCCAUGGAAGUGACACCCCCAGCGUGCAGCGUAGACCCCAUGGAGGCUUCAGCCCCAUCAUGCGGUGCAGCCUCCAGCUUCCGGCCCGAAGAACCCUCAACCGCUGCCCAUGACUCCAUGGGACCGACAACCCCACCGUGCGGCGCAGACCCCAUGGAAGCUACAGCCUCCAGUUUCCGGCCCGAAGAACCUUCAACCGCUGCCCAUGACUCCAUGGAAGUGACACCCCCAGCGUGCAGCGUAGACCCCAUGGAGGCUUCAGCCCCAUCAUGCGGUGCAGCCUCCAGCUUCCGGCCCGAAGAACCCUCAACCGCUGCCCAUGACUCCAUGGGACCGACAAUCCCACCGUGCGGCGCAGACCCCAUGGAGGCUACAGCCUCCAGCUUCCGGCCCGAAGAACCUUCAACCGCUGCCCAUGACUCCAUGGAAGCGACAGCCUCACCGUGCGGCGCGGACUCCACGGAGGCUACAGCCCCAUCAUGCAGCUCGCCCUUGGAUUUCCGAUCGGUGACACCGUCCACAUGGUCCUCCUCUGAACCAGUUGGAGCUUGUACUUCUACGCCUCCUCUGCGCAGUUCUGCGCCGAGACCUAAGGACAUCAUAAGGCGUCUCCAGGCCAAGGUUUCAAAGUACCGGAAGACCAUCGCAAGGCUGCGCAAGCAAGAGAAGAAUAUGCCUCGAUCGGCUGCGGAAGCUCUCAACAUCAUUCGCCCUCACGUGACAGACGAGGUAUUUCACCUACUGUCAAGCCAUGUUAAAUUGAAAUCCAAGGGCAAGGGAAAACGAUUCCCGUUAUGGUUGAAAAAGUUUUCUCUUCAUCUCAACUUCCGUGGGCCGCGGGCAUACCGUUUUUUGUCUCGUUAUCUCACCCUUCCUACUCAGCGCACACUAAGAAGAUGGCUGUCGGAUGUCAAAAUGACACCUGGAAUUAUACCAGGCAUUAUGUCAUCCAUUUUUACAAAAACACAAUCAUGGAGUAAGCGCGAUCGCGUCUGCACUCUCAUCUUCGAUGAGAUAGUGUUAAAAAAAAACUUGUCAUAUGACGUGUCACAAGAUGUUGUUCAUGGAUUUACGGAUGAUGGCUACGAACAAACCUCAACGAUUGCCGACAGAGCCCUGGUUAUCCUCCUUUCCGGAGUUUCCCGGAGAUGGGUUCAACCAGUCGCUUAUACAAUUGGGCACACGUCUACGCCAUCUACCGUAAUCCGUAACUUGUUGAUCUCGCUCACUGAGCAGUUGCAAGACAUUGGAAUUACAGUUAAAGCUGUAAUUUGUGACCAAGGGGCUUCCAAUGUAAGCUUAGCAAACCAGCUUGGUGUCUCUGUGGCGCAGCCCUUUUUUUUUCGUAAAACGUGAACGCGUUUACUUCAUUUACGAUGUUCCCCAUUUUGUGAAGGCAACUCGGA